AUGCCACCCACGGGUGUUAUAGGUGUUGAAAUGUCGACCAACCAACCUGAAAUUAGUAAUACCGUUUCUGAGCCUGAUCUCGAAAAAAAGCUUGCUGAAAACCUAAGUUUGAAGGACUCAUCUGACCUCAAGGAUGAGAAACAAAAGAACAUAGCCUCAGAAACUAAGUUCGAAGCGGAUAUUGUUCUGGAAUUCACUUCAAAACUGGUAACAAAUAAUGAACUUGUCGAAGGCGUCGAAAAGUAUGCAGAACGACUAGGAAUCAAAGAAUAUACAGAAAAUAAAGACUUGUGGAAGAAAUUUUACGACGUCUUUGGCCCAGAUUUCGUUUGGCCUUCCACAAUGAAAGUUGGUGAGCGUCGUGAAGUCCUUGACUAUAUUAUUUAUCCCGAAUGGGAACCAACCGGGGAGGAACUUGCAAGAAAUACAGUUGAAUAUCGUCGCCUACUUGAGUCCGGAACUCUUGAUGCAUCGCAAGGAUCGCACAUUUUAAUCAUAAAUGGGAAAUUAGAUAGUUACGGAAAUGAGAUAUCUCCGGAAGACGACGAAAAACUGGAAAAAAAAUAUCCAGGGUGUUUAUAUGCACCUAUUGUUGAACGUUCUGCUUUAAUACGCAAAUUCUCAGCUAUGGAUGAUCAAACAAGAAAAGAGUGGCAGUACUUGCCAUUUUCACCUCAUCUCCGGGAUUUAAUACAUUUCGAAUGCAAAUAUGGGACUACAUUUGGCAAAGAAAUCCCCAAAGAUGUCAUUUAA